UCUCUAUUAAUCAUGAAUUGCAAAUAAUAAAUCUUGUUCUCUUUUCUUAUCCUUAGAUCCUGUGUUAAAGGAAAAACAAAAAAACACAAACAAGAAAGAAAGUUUUUGAGUCUUAAUAAUUUUUUCAUCUUUUUUUGUGUGAAUAGAGAAACAAGAAAAUGUCAUUCACAGGAACUCUUGAUAAAUGCAAGGCUUGUGAUAAGACUGUUUAUGUGGUUGACUUGUUAACUCUUGAAGGUAUACCUUACCAUAAAAAUUGCUUCAAAUGCAGUCACUGCAAGGGAUAUCUUACGAUGAGCACCUGCUGCUCAAUGGACGGUGUCCUCUAUUGUAAGCCACAUUUUGAGCAACUUUUUAAGGAAUCUGGAAAUUUCAGCAAGAACUUUCAAACAGCAAAAUCCUCUGAUAGACAAAAUGAGCUUGUGAACAAAACUCCUAGCAGACUCUCCUCUAUGUUUAGUGGAACUCUAGACAAAUGCUCAGUUUGCUCAAAAACAGUCUAUCCUUUGGAGAAGAUGUCACUAGAAGGGGAAUGCUACCACAAGAAUUGCUUUAGGUGUGCUCAUGCAGGUUGCCACCUUACACAUUCUUCCUAUGCUGCCCUAGAUGGUGUCCUCUAUUGUAAGCACCAUUUUCAACAACUUUUCAUGGAGAAGGGAAAUUACAAUCAUGUACUUCAAGCUGCUGCAAACAGAAAGAAUGCAACUCCACCUCCUGAACCAGCUGAACUUAUUGAUGAACCCCCAAAGCCAGAAGAAACUAAAGAAGAAACUAAAGAAGAAACUAAAGAAGAAACAGAAGAAGAAACUAAAGAAGAAACAGAAGAAAAAACUGAAACAGAGGAAACUUGAAUUGCUACUAUCUCCAAUUUUCUUUCUGAUUGAAUUUCAGUGUAUAUCUAACAUUUGUUAACAAAUUAGUUUAAUUGUAAGCUAAUUUGAGAUGUUUAUUUACGUAUUCAUACAAGAGUUGUUUAAUAUAUACAAUGUUGUAUUGUUUUUAUUCCUUUUUGUUGGAGAUUAUUCUCCUGAUGUAAUAGUAAAUUGCAGUAAAGAAAGAUAAUAUAAUAUUUUCCAUUU